AUGACCCAUAAAAACGUUGCUAUAUCUCUUAUGACAAAGAGUGUGCAUCUACAUAUUCGACUUGUUUUUUGUUCGUAAAAUUGGAGAAAUUGAGGACACAACUCCAAUUCCUAGCAUGCUUUCUCCCUAAGACUAUGCUGGUCCUAGUCGGGGAGUGGCAUUUACAUCCCAGAAAGACACACAUGUAUCACCUCGUGUUGGCACUUCCAUUGCAAUGCACAACUCUGACAUAUAUAGUGCCGACAUUUCCUUCCUUAAGCUUGAAAAAAGUACUGUGUCAGGAACGUGUUGAUGUAAAAUCUUUCAGUUUUGAUGGAUCUUAUUACAAGCUUUCAACUCUUCUUAGCACGACUUCUGACAGAACAAAGAACCAGAAUCAAUUGUUUGAUGAUAUUAACAACAUGUAUGAUGAUCUUCGUGAUGAUUCUAGUUAUCACAAUUCUUUAUUGAUUCACAUCUGA